UUCAAGCAGAUAUCACGUUUUACGAUGUACUGCAAAUACGACAAGAUUUUCAUAUCAGAUGUUAUUCAUUCACGUUCUAUCGUCCAGCUAAGUACGUAUAAUCAAUGAUGCUGGAAUUCUCCGAUCUGACGAACAGAAUUUCGGUUGGUUUCCGCGAGUAGUUUUUUUUUCAAUGUUUAGAAUUUAUAUUUUAACAUGAUUAAUUUGAAUAUUUAUCAAGUUAUAGUUUCAAGCUGCUUGAUCAUUCAGGCGUAUUCAGGGCUGUACCCACAGCCAUCGCUGCGCCUGGUACGCCCGUUGCCUCCUUUGCGAAACUCAACUCAUUCCAUUCUUCCAGAGAGGCAUUUCCGUUGCAGUGAUGGAAACUACAUCUCUAGCGAUGACUUUUGUGCAGGUGAUGCGACUUAUGGAACAAUAUGGAGACAGUUUUUGAGUACUGGACAUAUUGACCGUGUAGACUCCUAUUGCCACGAUGGAAGUCAUAAUUCAUAUGGAUGCGAUGAAAUGGAAUGCGGAAAAGGUCAAUUCACAUGUGAGACUCAAUCAUGUGUGAGUGUAUCUGCUCGUUGUAAUACGAUUAAAGAGUGUUCAGAUGGAUCCGAUGAAUUGAACUGUGGAGAUGAAAUAAAUGUUGGAAAUUGUUCGUUGGCUGAUGGAAAAUUUUUAUGUCAUGAUAAGUUGAGAUGUUUGAAUUUAGAGAAGACUUGCGAUGGCGAAUGCAACUGUUUCGAUUGCUCGGAUGAAAAUGAUAAUUGCACAUCGAUUAAUAACAAAUUACUGGACAAGUGUCCUAAUUCUUACUUCAAUACCCCGAAUGGUCCUAUGUGCUUUUGUGAUCCAAAAAAUCCUGAAAUGAAGAAUUUAUGCAAAGAAAUUGAACCAUGUAAAAAGGAGCAUACUUGUAGCCAAAGGUGCCUUCAAUUUAGAAGUAAAAUGUUCUGCUCGUGUUAUGAAAACUACAUAUUUACUGAGGUGCGCAGUAGUUCAGGUUUUAUAUGCGUAAGUAAAGUAUCCUACGAUAAUUUAUUAGCCUAUUCGACUUCGACUGCGAUAAAAAUCGUCAACAUGACUUCCGGUGAAAAUAUAUUCACCAAGAAAAAAGUGCAGUGCGGCGAUAUUGCAGGCACACGUGAUCAUCUGUAUUACACAACCUACGAUGACAGCGAUAGAAAAACAAUUUAUAAAACUUCCAUUUCAUCAGGGGCUACAACAAAGGUGAUUCGUUCGAAAUCUUCCAUCGUGUCAAUGGCAUUAGACUACAUUACUGGCAAUCUGUAUUUUACCACAAAUACGUCGUUAGCAGUUUGUUCAAGCGAUGUCAAGAUUUGUAUGCAGUUGAAAUGCUGUAACGUGAGACAUGUUGCUUUGGCUCCGAAAUUUGGAUUGAUGUUUUACAUGAAAAAAUCUGAUUACCAAGAUGAAAAAUUCAUUAUGAAGUCUGCAAUGGAUGGUUCAAACGAAGAUUAUCUGGUAGAUGGUGGUUUCGCUCAUUUUACUCCUUUAGCAGUUGACGAAUCGACUCGAAAGUUGUACUGGUCACAACUGGAGGAACAUGAAAUUUGGUCAUUAUCGUUCGACGAAGAAUAUGGAGAUUUACGAUCGAUAAAAUAUCACGGCGUCUUGAAGUAUUUCACUGUCUUGGAUAGUGAAUUAUUUUUCACGAAAUUAUGGGAUAAUGAAAUCUACAGAGUCGAGAACGUCGAACGUUAUGCAAAAUACAUUAAAAAAGAUCGCGAAGCUGGACCAGUAAUUGUUGAUUUUUCAUAUCAAAUUUACGACUCCGCGAAUGAAAACAGACGUUCCCCUCCAGUUGGAAAGUAUUCUCCGGUUAGAAUAAUCACAUAUUCUGACAGUAACGCGACACGAUUGGUUGAUAACAACGUUACUUUUGCCAUUAGAAAUCUAUACGCUUAUAAUUCUCAAUGGAACGCUUUAAGCAAGAAUCCUUGUUCAAAGACGUCGUGUAAUGGCUUAUGUUUGAUACGUGGGCCAUCAUCGAUGAAUACCUCGAAUUACGUUUGCGUUUGCCAGAAUUUGGCCUUGAAAAGUGAUCAAAACUGGUGCAAUGAUUUUCAUCAACAAAGUAAUCCUAAUGUGAUGGAGGGUGUAAAGGAUGCAGAAGCUGGUGAAAACGAACCGUUAUUGUUGAAGAGCCAGACUGAAGAAACUCACGGGGUGUUUAUGGUAUCUGCUGUGCUGAUGGUUGUGUUUAUUUUAAGUCUGUUAGCUUUUGGAGUUCAUUUUAUGAGUAGAAAACAGAGCUGGUCUGAAUAUUAUGGCUCUUUACGAAAUUAUUGUAGAUUUAACAAAUCUAUCGAACGGGUUGAGAUAACCAAUCAAGUCGAGUUAUAGAUUUGAGGUGAUAUAUGUAAUUCUAUCUGUGAUAGCAUUAAAAUUGUUCAAAAUUUUAA